AUGCUUCAGACACAGCAUCUUUACUCACAUCAGCAACAAUACAACCAGCAUGAUCAAUCCUCCUGGCAGCACAACGGUCCGCAGCAGAGUCACCAGAACCUGAACCACGGACAGCAACAGGCGCAAGCCCAAGCUGCCGCUGUUGCUGCUGCCGCCGCCGCCGCUCAGCAGCAACACUACUCCCGACUCGCCAUCAAUCCGAACCACAACUCUUCCCAUGCGCAGAAUACAACCCGGCAGGCUACGGCCGACACCGCGCAGAAUGCCCUCGGCCCAUCUUUGACCUCGAUGAACGAACAGGCGUCGGCGGGCAUGGAUCAACAACUCUCGGAAGAGAAUCGCAAGGUCUUACAAUGGGUGGCGGAGUUGAUGGAUCCGAACAGAAGGGAGGGAGCUCUGAUGGAACUGAGCAAAAAAAGGGAACAAGUGCCGGAGCUCGCGUUGGUCCUAUGGCACAGUUUUGGCGUCAUGACCAGUCUGCUCCAGGAGAUUAUCUCGGUCUAUCCGCUGUUGAACCCAAGUCAGCUCACCGCGGCAGCCAGCAACCGCGUGUGCAACGCCUUGGCCUUGCUUCAGUGUGUGGCAAGCCACAAUGAAACCAGGGGCCUGUUUCUCAAUGCGCAUAUCCCACUCUUUCUCUAUCCGUUCCUGAAUACCACCUCCAAGUCAAGACCUUUCGAAUACUUGCGGCUCACGUCACUCGGUGUUAUUGGUGCGCUUGUCAAGAAUGAACCCUCCACCAACAACUCUUCGCCGACGAUCACGUUUCUGUUGACCACGGAGAUCAUUCCGCUCUGCCUGCGCAUUAUGGAAACGGGCAGUGAAUUGUCCAAAACUGUGGCCAUCUUCAUUGUCCAGAAGAUCUUACUUGACGACACAGGGCUGGGAUACAUCUGUGCCACCUAUGAAAGAUUCUACGCGGUCGGCACCGUGCUGAGCAACAUGGUCAUUGGCUUGGUCGAGACGCAGACUGUCCGGCUCUUGAAACACGUAGUUAGAUGCUUCUUGAGGCUCAGUGACAACAACCGAGCGCGUCAAGCGCUGCGACAGUGCCUGCCCGAGCCACUUCGAGACGCGACGUUUUCCAACGUCCUCCGGGAUGAUGCUGCCACCAAGCGAUGUCUGGCCCAGCUCCUCAUCAACCUGAGCGACACUGUUACCGAUACGCAAAAUGAGCAAUUUGAAUAA